AAGCAGAAAGAAAUGCAACAGGACCUCUCCAAUGGCCAUUAUGAACUAGAAGAAGUUAGACGAACAUAUGCCUCUGUAGAUUCACAGAGGCAAGCCUGCCAUGGAUUACCUAGUCUUGCUUUUGUGCCUUCACUUACUGUGGGGCUUGAUCCAAGCUCUCUCUUUCGUUGGGACGAGAGUCCAAAGGACUCCCUCCAACCUCCCGCCCGGUCGGCGGCCUCUGCCGCUCAUCGGUAACCUCCUCGAACUCGGAAAGCUUCCCCACAAGUCUCUUGCCAGGCUCGCCCGCACUUACGGCCCCAUAAUGAAACUUCAGCUCGGCUUCGUAACCACAGUUGUCAUUUCUUCUCCAGCACUCGCCAAAGAAAUCCUCCGAACCCACGAUGCCAUCUUCGUGAGUCGAACGAUUCCGGACACCAUCACGGCCCACAACCACGAUCAGCUCGGCUUGCCCUGGUUGCCCAUUUCGCCUCUCUUUCGAAAGCUUAGAAAAAUGUACAACUCCCAUCUAUUGUCCAAUACGAAACUUGAUUCCAACCAGCAACUUCGCAGCAUGAAAGUUGAAGAACUUGUCUGCUACGUUCGGAGAUGUGCGCACAGUGGCGAUGCCAUAGACAUUGGCGAGGCUGCUUUUAGGACUAGCCUCAACUCUCUGUCGAACACGGUUUUCUCACUGGACAUGACUUGCCCUUCAAAUUCAGCUAAAGAGUUGAAGGAGCUGGUGUGGCAAAUCAUGGCCGAGGUUGGAAAGCCAAACCUUGCAGAUUACUUUCCUGUGCUGAAGAAGACUGAUCCACAGGGCUUGAAGCGCCGGACGGAAUUGUGUUUUGGCGAGAUGUUCGAUAUCUUCGAUGUCCUCAUCAAGAAACGGUGGCAGCUGAGGAUGCAGUCUGGUUCAGUUACUAGCAACGAUGUCUUGGAUGCUCUUCUUGAUGUAGUGGAAGAGAAGAGUGAGGACAUGGACAUCUCUCUAGUCAAGCAUCUGCUUCUGGACUUCUUUGUUGCCGGUACCGAAACCACUUCAAGUACUCUAGAGUGGGCAAUGGCGGAGCUACUUUGCAACUCGGAGAAGCUAUCAAGAGCCCAAACCGAGCUCCAUGAAGUCAUCGGCAAAGGCAACCGGAUGGAGGAAGUCGAUAUCCCUCGCUUACCAUACUUACAGGCUAUCGUAAAAGAAACUUUUCGACUUCACCCACCGUUUCCACUUCUCCUCCCACGCAAGUCUGAAGCCGAUACACAAGUAGGCGGUUUCACCAUUCCAAAGGGUGCACAAGUUCUUAUCAAUGCGUGGGCUAUAGGAAGAGAUCCUAGCAUUUGGGUCAAUCCAAAUGAAUUUGUGCCGGAGAGGUUCCUAGGAUCCGAUAUAGAUCUCCGGGGAAGUAAUUUUGAGCUUGUACCAUUUGGCGGUGGCAGGCGAAGUUGUCCAGGAUUGCCGUUGGCCACGAGAAUGUUACAUCUGAAGCUGGGUUCGCUCAUUAACGCAUUUAAUUGGAGGCUCGAAGACGGUGUCACACCAGAAACAAUGAACAUGGAAGACAAGUUCGGGGUCAGCGUGCAGAGAGCUCAGCCUCUGAAAGUCGUGGCCUUGCCAGCGUAAACUGCGGAAAGAUUUAUGUUAUGGAACAUGCACUAAUGAGACCCCUCGUUUGAACACAUUCGGAACAUGUGUUGUGUUGUUAUUUGCAUGACAUCAUUCCCAAUCCAUGGAACG